UUUAUUUAUUUGACCAAAAACAGAAUACAUAACCAAACAACAAUGGUCAGGGGCAAAUAAGAUAGGAUGAAGAAGAUAUUUCUGUGUUCUCUUGCCAAUCGACUAUAGUGCAUGGCGGUGCAGUCAAACUUUACACUAUUUAUAGUAUAAUUUUCCAUUUUUAGGUAUUCGUGAGUAAGGACUAUGCGAUGAGUCAUGGUUACACAACUUCUGAAAGUGCAUUACAUGGUCUCCAUGGUAACUUGAGAAGUGGGGCCAUCUUGAUCUGUGCAUGGGGCGAUAAAGGUGCUUGUGGGAGAGACGCAGACGGCGCUAUUUUCCAUGCACCAGCUUUUCCUCCAGAGAGGGUAGUUGAUACGUUGGGUGCUGGGGAUACCUUCAACGCUGGAGUUAUUUGGGCACUGAACAGAGGCAAACAACUUUCCGAUGCUUUGAAUAUUGGCUGUGAAAUUGCAGGAAAGAAGUGUGGAAUGUAUGGUUUUUAUGGUGUAGCUGAUAAAGUCAAUUUAAAAUAAAUAACCAUAAUUAUAAUCAACCCUCCAGUAAGAGUUAACUCAUACUACUGUGGGCCUUCCAAACAAACUUCAGUAUAUAGUUAACCCCAUUUGCCACUCUGGAUUGGAUUUUUAAAAACCAAUAGCCCUCAAUGUGAUCGGCAAUUGUAUUUCUAAUUAGCUGCAUCUUGCAAUUUCUCCCGAAGGCUGUGUACUGCCCCCUUCUCUUUUCCGUGUACACAAAUUAUUUUAAAUGGCAAAUGUUGACCACAAUGUUGAAUAAUUAUUUACGCUGACGACAAGCAUUACUGACUUGAAAGUGAUACGGAAACAUCUAGGAAAAUUGUGUUCGAAAGUGAUAGUGUGAUAGAAAUGUAGGCCUAAUACUGUACUGAGUAACAAUAGCCCUGGAACCGUAAUAUAUUAUAAGCUAAAUUGGAAAUCUAUGCAGAAAACAUUUUUAAGAAGGCAAAACAAUAUUAUUCUUCCAUAGAAAUCUGAAAUCAUAAUUUUCAUGACUAUUAUUUUAAGCAUGUUGUGUAAUGAUUUUACUGUUUGGUUUGCCAAAGUAUCGGACUGCAAUGAAAAUGUUAUUGUUGAGUAAUUCAACAUGUACGCAAGAUUAUUAAAUGUAAUAUUUUAAGUUGAACAGGCAUUUGGCCGCU